AAUUGUUCACCGAGGAGCUCAUUGCGCCAAAUUCCAACUUCUUGCUGUGCCCUGAACGUCCCUCGAGAGUACCGAACUUUUUACAUUGCCGUGAAUGCAUCAUUGCAAAAUCCUCCCCGUUGAAUUAAAAGUGAAACCAAAUUUGAAACCGACUGUAAGAAUGGCCAGCCCAGAAGUGCGGGUGUUGCUGGACGAGUGCCUCGGGUCAGCAAGAGCAGAACCUUCCACUGACAGGCAAAAAUACUGCAGCUUGAAAGACUCGCUGUGUGCCGAGUUGGCCUCUCUACUUCAGGAGGCCAUGGAGAUGAAGUGGCCCUUUGUCCCUGAGAAGUGGCAGUACAAGCAGUCCAUCGGGGCCGACGACAAGACCAAUCUGAGUGACCUCAUCAGCCAGCAUCUAUCUCAGCUUCUGAACCUCCUCCAGGCCUCUAUUGUGGCAAAGGAGGCACACGCGGCGCUGGCUGUGAUUUUUCUGGUUGACCGCUUCUUCUACUGGACCGAUGAGUCCGGCCGAUUGUUGGAAAUCACCAAGCUACUUCAUAAACGCUACCCAGACGCCCCCGUGGCCCCUCAGCUGGUCAUACGGCGGGCGCGGGUCUACCUCAACUCAGGCAAACUACAGAAGGCUGAAUCCAUAUUGAGCCAUCUUAUCAUCAACAGUGGAGCCACAGGAUGCUGGAUUUACCGCACUGAAAGCGACCGUGCUCUGGUACAGGCCGUUAGUCUGCAGGUGCGCGGGAUGGUUUUGCAAAAGCUUGGCCUGUGGCUGGAGGCCGCCCUGCUCGUCUGGGCUUCUCUGGUCGGUUACUACGCUCUCCCUCAGCCAGAUAAAAAGGGCAUCGGGACCUCGCUCGGCAUCCUCUCGAACAUUCUGUUGUCCAUGAGUGAUGAAGACUUCAUUGCUUUCAAGGCCAACCCACACGUUGACUUAUCUUUGCUUGGCAGUGCGAGCCAUCGUCUCCUGUCAGCAGCCGAGGCAGCAAAAAUGGCGGUGGUAUACAGCCAGUACACGUCGCUCUAUGUGCUCACCAAUGUGACAACGCAAGGCACCUGUUUGUUGUCAUACAGUUUCUCUGGGGCGUGUCCCCCCACAGAGAGAGAACACUUCCUCCUGCAGGCCAAAGAGGCGUUUGAGAUCGGUCUCCUCACGAAAACAGAUGGUACUGUGGUCACCAGCAAACAGGAGCUCCACACCUUUAUUAAGGCUGCUUAUUCCCUAGUCGUCACUCACAAAUGGCUCAGCGGGCCCUCAGAGGUCGUGAAGCAGGCAUCCCAAGCCUGCCAAAUGGCUUUGGCUCAUUUUUACCACUACUGCCACACGGAUGCCCAGAACGGAGUCGGCUUCUAUGCUGAAAUCAUGCGCCUGAUCGCUCAAGUCAAACAAGGAUUUCAAGUUGAGCCUUUCCUUAAUUCGGACAGCCGCUCUUUCAUACCCAACAGCUACAGAAACAUCAGUGACACAUUGGUUGGUUUUACUUUGGAAGCCUUCUUUGAGCUGUUGCAAGGAUUUCACAAGUAUCACAUGUCACUGUGCGAGACAAUCAAAACCAAGUGUAAGUUUGGGAAAGAGGAAGUUGAUGGAGCAGGGAUGUGCAUGUCUGCGCUAGAGACAACUGUAGAUGCACUCAACACUGAAUGCAUGACAGAGGCCUGUAAGCCUUCAAAAGAAGAUGCUCCUCGACCACCUGAGAGUGGAAGCGUAGAUGACCUCAGCUCUUCAUGGAAGAAGCUCUCUUUGACAGGUAUUGGUACCUACUCAGGAAGGGCCACAGAUGGACCCAAUAACUUUGGCUAUCCUACUUUGCCGAGAUUGGGAAGACCUACCGCCUCCCUAAGCUCAAGUCGUGGUUCUGACGGGUUUGAAGUGAUAGAAGCUGAAAUACCGACAGUUGACUCUGAUGGUCCCGAUGAUGACCGUGAGCCAACAGAUGAAGCGUUGCUGUCCUUACUUCAGUUUGAGCUAAGCUCUCUGAGCAACAGUUUUGGUUCCAAGUCGUCAUGGGAAAACAUCUCAGCAAGUUCAAGAUCCAGGAGUGCAGCAAGCACCCACCAAAGCAGUAAAUUAUCAAAAUCCAGUGGAAGCUUUGUACUCCUCAGAACACAAGAUUUCAAUAACUGUGAUCUGGAGCAUGACCCUGCUCCUGAUUUGAAAUAUCUGGGUAUGGCCAAAUGUCUGGAAAUCCCAAAUGUAGCAAAUUCAGAAGUGUGCAGCAGCACUGAACCCUCCACAGAAGACUCAGAUGGGACACCAGAGGAGUUUGUGGUUGGCUUUGAAAAUUUGAACCCUUGGUGCCACAGCUGCCUGAAGCAAAACACCUUUACUUGUGUUGCUCCAGAAGGAAAGUAUUCCUUGUCUCGGGAGGACUACCACAGCCUCCUUGCUGGGGUUUGCCAUGAGUGUCUGCUGAGUAGAUUGCAAAGUGACAAGAGGAAGUUCAAACUAGACCGAUACAGCACGGCCCACAAUGCUCUUCAUUUGAAGUUCUCCAAAACAACAGGACUGUGGACAGCGAGGGAGACCUGUGUAUACAUUGGCCAGUCAAUGAAUGUGCAUGGAACUCAGAGAACCACCAUCUGCGUCCAAUUCUUGCACCAGGAGGAGAGGCUAAGCAGUUACAUCGGGAAGGAUUACCUUAAACCGAAGCAGAUCCAGUUUCACCUUAGAGACGUGGAGAGACAGAUGACGGCCCAGUAUUACGUGACAGAGUUCAACAAGCGCCUUUACGACAAGGAAGUCAUGGCCCAGAUGUUCUUUCUGCCGUCAGAGGCGCUGUUGAUUUUGGAAGGAGAUGAGAUAACGGGCUGCAUCACGGUGGAGCCUUACAUGCUUGGCAAGUUUGUCAAACUCACCAACAAUGUGCAAAAGAAGAACGACAAGCUCUUGGCGACAAAUUAUGGCCUUGCUUUUGGACAUUUCACCUACCUUCACUCCAACUGCCAGGAAGUUGUGGUGGACUUGCAAGGCUGGGUGACCGCCAACGGUAAAGGGCUGACUUAUCUUACUGACCCACAGAUCCACUCCACAAGAACAUCCCGAGGCCCAUCCAACCACGCCCAAAGCGGCAUCACUUCUUUCCUGCGGCUACAACACGGACCAGAAUGCAACAGUGUGUGCCAGCUGCUCAACCUGCAACCAGUGCCUCAACAGUGACAGUUAAACGUGUGCAUUAAAUAAUAAAUGUAUUCAAAAGUCUCCUAUCAA